GCUACCGGGCUGUGUGGACCCAGGGCCCUGGCUGAUGCUCACCAGCCUGCUGGUUUGGCUGCCUUGGGAGGGGGUGGCCGGCAGCAGGGGCUGGCUCUCAGGAGCUGUCCUUAGAUGGAGCGUGGAGCAGGUCCUGUACCCUGAGGGGACCAGGAAGAGAUGGCGUCUGGGCCCCAGGGUGUGCUUCUCUCUGCGAAGCUGGAGGGAGUGUGGGCUUCUGUUGUGGAGAAUGUUUGGGGGUGAAGCUGUUGCCCCCACUGGCAGGGCACAGCAUGCUUGCUUCUUUCUCAAGGGCAGUGGGAUCCUUGGGCGGUCUCAGUGGGACCCUGGUGUUGGGCUGAGUCUCUUGGCUGUUUCAGGGUGCACCGUGGGAGGAGGAAACACUUUUGAAGUGGGGGCCCCUGCUGGUCCUAAUCCCGCUGCCCUUGCCUUUCUUUUCCCUGCUGUGGUAGUAGCCAGGGCCAGCCAGGACCCUAAAGCCCCUUGGCCAGGGAUUCCCCAGGUUCUGUCCGGCUGGCCCUGCUGUGUAACCAUGUCACUCCAAAUGCGUCUCCCGCCCCAAACCGUCUGCCUGGUGAACGGCCUGCAGACAAGUGUCCCCUGGCCACCAGCAAGGGCCAGAUGGGAAGUGGGGAGUGCAAGAGCGCAGCCCUGUUGCCAAGGAGACGCCCUUCUGCGUGGCCGCCUCUCCAGCCUGCGUGGUGGACUGAAAUAAGUUUUACCUGCGGCCUACAGCCCUGACCUUCCAAGGUCAGCCCUCUGGCUGGGCCCUCUGUGUGCAGAGGGAACAGAGGGGCCUGAGUCCCACAGGCUGGACCCCUUGCCCUUCCUGAGCCCUCCUCAGCCCCUUCAGAUCUCAGCAUGGGCCGGGUCUCCUGCAGAGUCUGAUGCCGUGCAGGUCCUUGGGCGCCAUCCCGCGCAGGCCUGGUGUGCACCUGAGCAGUUGCGUUUCUCAGAAGUGCGGGGGCGAGGCUGGUGGCCCAGGGAUUGCGCGUGGAGCAGCUGUGCUUUGAGUGUCAGUCGUGCAUCAGGAAACAGGAGCUGGCCAACAGCUCGGAUGUGACCCUCCCAGACCGACCGCUGUCACCUCCUCUCACAGCACCUCCCACCAUGAAGUCCGCUGAGUUCUUCGAGAUGCUGGAGAAAAUGCAGGGGAUCAAGCUUGAAGAGCAGAAGCCGGGACCCCAGAAGAACAAGGAUGACUAUAUCCCGUACCCGAGCAUUGACGAGGUUGUGGAGAAGGGAGGCCCGUACCCGCUCAUCAUCCUGCCCCAGUUCGGGGGCUACUGGAUUGAGGACCCGGAGAACGUGGGCACCCCAACGUCCCUGGGCAGCAGCACCUGCGAAGAGGACGAGGAGGACGGCCUCAGCCCCAACACAUUCGGCUACAAGCUGGAGUGCAAGGGUGAAGCCAGAGCCUACCGCAGGCACUUCCUGGGGAAGGAUCACCUGAACUUCUACUGCACAGGCAGCAGCCUGGGGAACUUGAUCCUGUCCAUCAAGUGCGAGGAGGCGGAGGGGAUUGAGUACCUUCGGAUCAUUCUCAGGUCCAAGCUGAAGACAGUGCAUGAGCGGAUCCCCUUGGCUGGGCUGAGCAAGCUGCCCAGCGUCCCUCAGAUCGCAAAGGCCUUCUGUGAUGACGCAGUGGGGCUGAAAUUCAACCCUGUCCUGUACCCCAAGGCUUCCCAGAUGAUCGUGUCCUACGACGAGCACGAUGUCAACAACACCUUCAAAUUCGGGGUCAUUUAUCAGAAAGCCAGGCAGACCCUGGAGGAGGAGCUCUUUGGGAACAACGAGGAGAGCCCAGCUUUCAAGGAGUUCCUGGACCUGCUGGGGGACACGAUCACACUGCAGGACUUCAAAGGUUUCCGCGGAGGCCUGGAUGUGACGCACGGGCAGACUGGGGUGGAAUCCGUGUACACAACGUUCCGGGACAGGGAGAUCAUGUUUCACGUCUCCACAAAGCUGCCAUUCACCGAGGGAGACACCCAGCAGCUGCAGAGAAAGAGACACAUCGGCAAUGACAUCGUGGCCAUCAUCUUCCAAGAGGAAAACACUCCGUUUGUCCCGGACAUGAUCGCCUCCAACUUCUUACACGCCUACAUUGUCGUGCAGGCGGAGGCCCCGGGCACAGAGACGCCGUCCUACAAGGUCUCUGUCACCGCCCGGGAAGACGUGCCCGCCUUCGGCCCACCCCUGCCCAGCCCCCCUGUUUUCCAGAAGGGCCCGGAGUUCCGGGAGUUUCUGCUGACCAAGCUCACAAACGCAGAGAAUGCUUGCUGCAAGUCGGACAAGUUUGCCAAGCUGGAGGACCGGACGAGGGCCGCCCUGCUGGACAACCUCCACGAUGAGCUCCAUGUCCACACGCAGGCCAUGCUGGGGCUGGGCCCCGAGGAGGACAAGUUUGAGAAUGGGGGUCACGGCGGAUUCCUGGAGUCUUUUAAGAGGGCCAUCCGCGUGCGCAGCCACUCCAUGGAGACCGUGGUGGGCAGCCAGAGGAAGCUGCAUGGAGGAGGGAUCCCUGGCAGCCUCAGCGGGGGCAUCGCCCACAACAACAUGGAGGUCACCAAGACCACCUUCUCGCCUCCGGUGGUGGCAGCAACGGCGAAGAACCAGUCGCGGAGCCCCAUCAAGCGGCGGUCCGGGCUCUUCCCCCGCCUGCACACGGGCUCCGAGGGCCCAGCGGACGGCCGGACGCGAUGUGAUAGUGCGUCCAGCACCCCCAAGACCCCGGAUGGCGGCCACUCUUCUCAGGAGAUCAAGUCUGAGACCUCAUCCAACCCCAGCUCUCCGGAAAUCUGCCCCAACAAAGAGAAGCCCUUUGUCAAGUUGAAGGAGAACGGCCGGGCCAGCAUCUCCCGCUCCUCCUCCAGCACCAGCAGCUUCAGCAGCGCAGCGGGCGAGGGCGAGGCCAUGGAGGAGUGUGACAGCGGGAGCAGCCAGCCGUCCACAGCCUCGCCUUUCAAGCAGGAGGUGUUUGUCUACAGCCCGUCCCCGAGCAGCGAGAGCCCCAGCCUGGGCGCCGCUGCCACCCCCAUCAUCAUGAACCGGAGUCCCACAGAUGCCAAAAGCAGAAACUCCCCGAGAUCUAACCUGAAAUUCCGCUUUGAUAAGCUCAGCCACGCCAGCUCCAGUGCGGGUCACUGAUGUGAAGGAGCAGGCCUUCGCCUGUCCAAGGGAAGCCCGGAUUGUAUCCCAGUGAAGGCUCCGAUUCCAGCAGUUUUGGGGGUGCCGUCCACUACCCUGACUGUCACAGGCCUGCUGCCCCACUGGCUACCUGGCCACCAGACCAACCGUCAGUCCCAGUGUCCCCACCCGGCCGCAGCCUUGCCGGUCCCUUCGCCAGCACACCUUGCAAGCUCCUUCCCGUCUCCGGACAAGGCCCCCUAAUCCUGACCUCCCGGUGUGAUGUCCGUCUGGGUCAUUCGUCAUCUUGUUCUGUCUGCAGAGGAAAAGAGAAGUGGGCAGAGUGGGGCUGGGGGUCCCAGGGGCUCAGCCAGAGGCCGGGGAGCCCAUCUGUGCCAGAGGCGGAGAGCUCGGUGAGGUGGGGAGCAGUGGCCGUCAGCAGACUGGAGUGCCCUGGUGCGGGCCGCUGUCUGCUGGCCCAGGGCGAUGCCUCUCUCCAUGUGGCAGGCAGGGGCUUUGCCACCGUGGAUGCACUUGUGUAAGUGGAGGGGCCGCUCUUCCAGGAGCCAGGAUUCAGAGCAUCUCAAGGCUGUCCUGCUAACAGGGAGCUCUGUUGCUCAUGUAUCUCUGGAGUUCUAGAGCAUUUGUCUGCCUCAGGGCUAAGGACUUGUUCCUCAUGUGCAGGUCAGGCCAGUGUGACCUUGAGCUGGGCUUGGGGGGUGGAAGCUUGGGGGUGGAGCUGAGUGCAUCUGGGGCCAGGGGCACACAGGUCCUUGCUUGCGGGGAGAACUUGCAGUCGGGCCUGCUUUCAUGCAGCCCCUGGCCAUCUCUCCCAGUGGGCAGGUGUUUUCCUCAUGAACCGGUGGGAAGCUAGGAGCAAGAGGGAACUCAGGGAAAGCAAAGGAACCAGUGCCAGCGCUGGGGCGUUUGUUGGUUGGAGAGAAGCUCAGGGCCCGAGGGCUGGGCUGGGAUCCAGGUCUCCGCUGGCUGGAAGUUCAGGGAAGACACAGUUAUUUCAACCUGUGUCUCAGACGCGGCAGGUCUGGUCAGGACUGGGUGGGGGGUGGGAGCGCAGUACCCCUCAGUAGUCUGUGUGCUUAGCGUCGGGGAGGGGGGUGCUGCCAGCUGCCAUGCCUGUCCAUCCCUACUCCAGCUGUGGGAGUCCUGCCCUCAGGGUGGCCUUUGCGGGGGGUGGGGUGGGGGUUGGGCAGGGUUCUGACCACCAGCUCUGUGGCAGGGCUGCAGCUGGAAGUGCGCUCAGGGUCUCUGGCAUGGAGUGGUCCCGGGCUGCUGUGUUGAUGCCAGCUGGGCUGCAGCAUUAAUGGGCAGACGAAGAGGAUUCCCAAGCAAGUGCAGGGCUGCACAGGGAGCUGGACCUGUUUCUAAGUUAAAGCAUUGAAGUGGGAGACUUUUGGGGGAUGGGAAGAAAUUGUAAUGAUUUCCCCAUCGCUUUUGCUGUUAGUUCUCACUACAGAGCAAAACUGUGAUCCUUCAUCCCCAGUCACAGGGAAUUCGUGGAUACCAUUGGCUGCUAGGUGGGGUAAGAUUGACUCCAGUUAACAGAGGAGCGGGUUAGCCUUCAGGAAAAGUCAGUGCAGCAGCGCCCCCUGCUGGAGUGAACGAGGUGGCAGCCUCUUGUUGGCCAGGUUCCUGAAGGACAAGGAUAGGUCCAUCUGCAUUUCUUUAAAGCAAGCCAGGGUCCCCGCUCACCUGCCUCCGUGAGUGGCUAGGAUUUACAGUUGCUUGGUGCUGCUGCUGUGUUGCUCGUAGUCUGGGGUCCUCUGAGGUUUCCAGGUUGUCCCUGCUCCGUGUCUAGUGUCUAGUCUCAGGUGUGCCCCGAGCAGCACAGCCCUGCCAUGUGGCUCUGGUUUGCUAUUGGGGUGCUCUGGGUGGGCCCUGGAAUGCCCCCCCCCCCAGUCACGGCUUACCACCUCCAGAGAGUCCACCCCAUGGGUUCACCUGGGGCCCAGUUCCUAGAUGGGGGAGCAGAGCAAGGGUGAGCCCAGUGUCCCCACUGUGCUGAGGCUGCCCCCCCCCCCCCCCCCCCCAGUCUCCUGCCAUCCGCUUUGAUCCACAAUGACUGCACUCAGUCUUGGGCUCAAAGAUUUGUCCAGGCUCCUGGCCCUGGGAACCAGAUUCAGCCAGGGGUUACCCCUGCUGCUGGGCGGGCUGCUUCCUGAGCCUGCCUGACUCCGGGGAGAAACACCCUUGUCAGGCACCUGGGGCAGUGGUGCCUGCAGCCACACACGCAAGAGGGCGUGUCUGUGCUCAUGAAUGGACGACAGUGUUUCUCAAAAAAACUCCUGUGGUUCUGCUCUGUGGGCGUCAGCACUAUGCCUGGGGCUUCCAGCCCGUCCAGCAUCUCAUCCAACCGUCAUCACCCAGAUGAGAGGCUUCAGUCCCACGGAGGGGAAGCAACCACAACCCAGGGUCCUCCCUGCGUGCCACCUCCACCGUUUCCUGGAGCCCCUGGUUUUGGGGCAGCUGGUGGAGCUGGGAGGCUGCUGUGGGCUCCGUGUCUGCUCUCUUGUUCCGGGAAGGAUAUCGUGUUGGAUUUUCCAGGGAGGGCCAUAGCAAACAGCAAGCAUUGCGUGUGACUGGGAGUGCUCCAUGUGCAAGGGCGCACUAGCCAGCCCUUGGCAUCGCCCUUUCUCAGUUAAGAAGGCAAGUGGUGAAAGAACACUCGUCCCUCCUCCCUGACUCUUACAUGAAGGCGGUUCAUGACCUGGGUUAGCAGCCUCUCUCCCUGCUGCCCUGGGAGCUGCCGACCCAGACACUACCUUUCUCCUUCAUUUCUAAGUCAACAGAAAGCAGGUGGCCAGCAGGGCCAGCUUGAGACCUACACCACCACCCCCCCACCCCCCGCCAAAAAAUAACCCUCCCUCAGCUGCCAGCUGCCACUAUCAAAGGUUGAGCCACCCUUUGUAAAGUUGGCCAGGUUGUCCCUGCAGCCGGCUAGGGGGUGGCGAGAGUGUCCUACCACGCCCGGGACCUGUUUUGCCACCAGCCCUUGCUCACUCUGAUCCCGUGUUCCCCUCCUCUCAGCCAGGCCCUGGGCCCCUUUGGGAGGAAGGCAACAAACCCCUGUUAGGGCCAUGGUGAGGGCAAAGGGCAGCAGAGGCUGCCCUGGGGGAGUCUGCCUGGGGGGAGGCUGCGGGGCCCACGGGCUCUGUCCUGUGCCUUACCAGCCCUGGGAGAGGGUGUUUGCCUGGAAGACUGGACACCAACUGCCAUUGUCUUUGUGUUUGUGACAUUUCUGCUCGGAAUGGGGAUCCCCCUUCCUGCUCCCCAGCAUGCGUGCCGACUGCCCCAGGUCCCGGGCAGCGGCGAUGCCCAAGUGUGGAGCGAUGCCUCCAUGUGAGAGAGCCCGAGACCCACAGCUUGGAAGUGAUGACCCCUGUGACUUUCCUCUCUUUCCUCUUAGCGAGGAGGUGAUCUGUAGACCCCGACUGCCUAUGUAAUGUAAAUAGUGUACAUUUAAUUUAUUGCUAUGGUAGCACAUUGUAUUUGUUAAUGUAUAAAACAAAUUCUAAAAGGUUGACAAAUGUAUAUUUUGUUGCUUAAAUGUGUCUUUGCAGAAAUUGACAAUAAAUAACAUAUUUUGUGUCCUCA